AUGGAGGUUGUGAUUUGGUUGAGCAUUGGUUUCUUCUCUCUUUUCUUCAUUUUAGUAAAAUGGAACCACAUAAGGUUCAGCAGGAAAGGGGUGCCCCCUGGUACUUUUGGAUUGCCCUUUGUUGGUGAAACACUCAAUUUUCUACAGCAAGGACCAGCUUUCAUGGCUCAACGCAGAUCAAGGUAUGGAGAUAUGUAUAAAACACAUAUAUUGGGUGGUCCCACAGUUGUAUCCAGCGAUCCUGAUGUGAACAGAUACAUCUUGAUGAAUGAAGCAAAGGGUCUUGUCCCAGGGUACCCUAAGUCCAACAGGGAUGUUAUGGGCAAGUACAAUAUUGCUAUGAUGCAUGGCCCUAAUCACAAACUGUUUAGGGGCUCUUUGCUCUCUCUUGUGGGGACUCCCAUGAUCAGACACCAUCUGCUGCCCAAGAUUGACAAAUACAUGAAGCUUUACCUCCAAGAUUUUCAUGGCAGAACAACUAUUGAUAUUCAACAGGAAACCCUAGGUGUAGUGGACAGUGAACCAAGUUCACUUCGCAUAGCAUUCAAACAAGAAUUUGAUAAGAUGGCAGAUGGAGCUAUAUCUUUACCUCUUAACAUUCCUGGUACUGCUUACCAUGCAGCAUUAAAGGCAAGGAAAAAUGCCAUAAAAAUGAUGAGAGAAAUGGUGGAUAGGAGGAGAGCUUCAAAGGAAAUGUACAAUGACUUGGUUGAUCAACUAUUGGGGAAAGUGGAGACAAAAUAUGAGCUAAGUGAUGAGCAGAUAUAUGAUCAGAUCAUUACCAUUUUGUACUCUGGAUAUGAAACUCUCUCUAAAACUUCCAUGAUGUGCCUCAAGUAUCUUCACGAUCACCCCAAGGCUUUACAACACCUCAGGGAUGAGCAUUUCAAAAUUCGCGAAGGGAAGACACCAGAUGAUCCAAUCACUUGGGAUGAUUAUAAAUCCAUGACUUUUACUCGUGCUGUCAUUCUUGAAACUUUAAGGCUUUCAACGGUUGUCAAUGGGGUUUUGAGGCAGACAACUCAAGAUCUUGUUCUCAAUGGAUCAUUGAUUCCAAAAGCAUGGAGAAUCUUUGUUUACGUAAGAGAGCUGAACUAUGAUCCCAUUGUUUACCCAGAGCCAUAUGCUUUUAAUCCAUGGAGGUGGUUAGAGGAUAAAAAUUUGGAGAGCCAUAACUACUACUUAGCAUUUGGGGGAGGAUGUCGGCUUUGCCCAGGAAAGGAAUGGGGAAUUGUUAAGAUAUCUAUUUUUCUUCACCACUUUGUCACUCAAUACAGAUGGGAAGAAAUUCAAGAAGCCAAAAUCAAGAAAUUCCCUAGAGUUGAAGCAGUAAAUGGAUUGCAUGUCAGGGUGAGCAAGUACUGA